AUUAUUGUAAUGAUUUUGCGUAAGGCGACUGAGAAGGGCGCCCUCUAGCAAUAUGGGAAUAACAAAAUGGCGGAUCCGAGUGAGGCAUCCGAUGAUUUCUUUCAAGAGAGCAGCGACCAUGCAUCAGCCAGCGAGACGGACCAAGGCUCCGAUGUAACUGGGAGAAAGAAGAGAAUGUUCUCCAAAGAGUUGCGAUGCAUGAUGUAUGGCUUUGGCGACGACCAGAACCCUUACACCGAGACGGUGGACUUGCUAGAAGACUUAGUACUGGACUUCAUCACGGAUAUGACGUUGAAAGCCAUGGAGGUAGGUCGGCCAGGGCGGGUACAAGUUGAGGACAUAAUCUUCCUUAUCCGCAAGGAUUCCCGCAAGUACGCCCGAGUCAAGGAACUGUUGAUGAUGAAUGAGGAGCUCAAGAAGGCCCGGAAGGCUUUUGACGAGGCCAACUACUGAGUUUUUAAGCUGUCAGAAUAAGGGUUAAAGCUUAAAGACCUUCCGGGUAUUAAAAGAAACUAUCCUCUCUGUCUGGGUAUCGGCCUUUAAUCUGUUUGGGUCUGAGCAUUUUGUCACCUAGACCAACUUGAUGCUCAGAGGCUUGAGGUACAUCACACCUGAUGAGCAACUGCCGAUGCGUUGCCGUGGAAACAGAUGGCACUAAAGGUGUUGUAUUGAAGCAGAUGCCCAGCCAAGCCUGGGAGAGGUGUUGAUGAAGAGCUGUUUAACUCGGAUUUGCCCUAAAGGAAUGAGUUCAGCUGAGAUGGUUUUUGUGAUGUGUAAUUGACUGUUGCUCUCUUCCCAUCCAGCAUGGGCCCUGGGCGUAAUGGAGAUACGGUUCCUGUCAAUUAAUGACUUGCUAAGAAUUCUGCUCACUGUGGGUUAUGCUUAUUUUCUGGGCACGUCUGGAGUUUUGUUGCACUGUCAGGAAUUUAAGCUUGAGCGGGGUACAUUUUUGGAGGAAUUCAUUGCAUUUGUCUCAGGGAAAAGUAUCAUUUGAAUAAAUUUUGUAACAUCAA